AAACUGUGCUGCCUUCUUUCGCGUUGUCAGCUUGAGCCAGCAUUCCUGCUGAGGCCGUAAAGUUAAGAAAACUCAACUGAGAGAUUUGCCUCGGUUUGCAAACAUUUAGCUUUAUUUGCCAAAUGAAAAUAUAAUCUAGUAGAUUUGGUUUAUAUCGACUGUGUCGGAAGGCUCGUUAACUGAUAAUCAUUCACCACUGAACCCGUCCGCUAGGCUACACAAAAUAAAAGGGUCACCAUGGCCCAGUGGAACCAAUUGCAGCAGCUGGAGACGCGUUACCUGGAGCAGCUGUAUCACCUGUACAGCGACAGUUUUCCCAUGGAGCUUCGCCAGUUCCUCGCCCCUUGGAUUGAAAGUCAGGAUUGGGCGUACGCCGCCAAUAAAGAGUCCCACGCCACGCUCGUGUUCCACAACCUCCUGGGAGAGAUCGACCAGCAGUACAGCCGCUUUCUGCAGGAAAACAACGUGCUCUACCAACACAACCUGAGGCGUAUCAAGCAACACUUACAGAGCAAGUACCUGGAGAAGCCCAUGGAGAUCGCUCGCAUUGUGGCUCGCUGCCUAUGGGAGGAACAGCGUCUGCUUCAGACCGCCACCUCUGCCCAACAGGACGGACAGGCGGCUCAUCCCACUGGUACCGUAGUAACAGAGAAGCAACAGAUUCUGGAGCACAAUCUACAGGAUAUCAGGAAGAGGGUGCAGGAUAUGGAACAGAAGAUGAAGAUGUUGGAGAACCUUCAAGAUGACUUUGACUUCAAUUAUAAAACUCUGAAGAGUGCUGGAGAGUUGUCUCAAGACCUCAACGGGAACAGCCAGGCCGCAGCCACCCGGCAGAAGAUGGCCCAGCUAGAACAGAUGCUUAGCGCCCUGGACCAGCUCAGGAGGCAAAUUGUGACAGAAAUGGCUGGCUUGCUGUCUGCAAUGGAUUUUGUCCAGAAGAACCUAACUGACGAGGAAUUAGCUGACUGGAAGAGAAGACAGCAGAUUGCCUGUAUUGGAGGACCACCCAAUAUCUGCCUGGACCGUCUGGAGACAUGGAUUACUUCCCUGGCUGAGUCUCAGUUGCAGAUCAGGCAGCAGAUUAAGAAACUGGAGGAGCUACAGCAGAAGGUGUCGUAUAAAGGAGAUCCCAUUAUUCAACACAGACCCGUCCUGGAGGAGAAGAUAGUUGAUCUGUUUAGAAACCUUAUGAAGAGUGCAUUUGUGGUGGAGAGACAGCCUUGUAUGCCCAUGCACCCUGAUCGACCCCUGGUCAUCAAGACAGGAGUCCAGUUCACCAAUAAAGUCAGGUUACUGGUGAAGUUUCCGGAACUAAACUACCAACUGAAAAUCAAAGUCUGCAUUGACAAAGAGUCAGGUGACGUUGCAGCCAUUCGAGGCUCUCGUAAGUUUAACAUUCUUGGCACCAACACCAAAGUGAUGAACAUGGAGGAGUCCAAUAAUGGGAGCCUAUCUGCUGAGUUCAAACACCUGACUCUGAGGGAGCAGAGGUGUGGUAAUGGAGGACGAACCAACAGUGACGCCUCUCUGAUAGUGACGGAAGAACUGCAUCUGAUCACCUUUGAAACAGAGGUGUACCACCAGGGUCUUAAGAUUGACCUUGAGACUCACUCACUUCCUGUUGUGGUCAUUUCCAACAUUUGUCAGAUGCCUAAUGCAUGGGCUUCCAUCUUGUGGUACAACAUGUUAACUAACCACCCCAAGAACGUGAAUUUCUUCACCAAGCCCCCGGUUGCGACGUGGGACCAGGUGGCGGAGGUCCUCAGCUGGCAGUUUUCUUCCACCACCAAGAGAGGACUGACCAUUGAGCAGCUCACCACACUCGCUGAGAAACUUCUCGGUCCAUGUGUUAACUACUCCGGCUGCCAAAUCACCUGGGCCAAGUUUUGCAAAGAGAAUAUGGCGGGAAAAGGCUUCUCCUUCUGGGUGUGGCUGGAUAACAUCAUUGACUUGGUGAAGAAAUACAUUCUCGCUCUGUGGAACGAAGGGUAUAUUAUGGGCUUCAUCAGUAAGGAGAGGGAGAGAGCGAUCCUCAGCCCAAAGCCUCCGGGGACAUUUCUGCUGCGUUUCAGUGAGAGCAGUAAGGAAGGAGGUAUUACAUUCACCUGGGUGGAGAAAGACAUCAGCGGUAAGACUCAGAUCCAGUCUGUGGAGCCAUACACUAAGCAGCAGUUGAACAGCAUGUCAUUUGCUGAGAUAAUCAUGGGCUAUAAGAUCAUGGAUGCCACCAACAUCCUGGUAUCUCCACUGGUUUACCUGUACCCUGACAUCCCUAAAGAGGAAGCCUUCGGAAAGUACUGCAGACCCGAAGCCCAGCCCGACACUGACAUCACUGAACACGGAUGUGCCAUUCAGCCAUAUCUAAAGACUAAGUUCAUCUGUGUCACCCCGUCUCCCUCUGUCUUCAUGGACUUCCCGGACAGUGAGCUUCUGGCAAACGGCUUCCCUGGAACCAACUCCGGCAACACGAGUGAUUUAUUUCCCAUGUCUCCACGCACGCUGGACUCUCUGAUGCACAAUGACGCUGCUGAAGCUAACCCAGGACCUCUCGAGUCGUUGACCCUGGACAUGGAGCUGAGCUCGGACGUGGCCUCACCGUGUGAUACCGGCUCCUAUAAUUGACAACACAGCACGUGGAAAUCCCAUGAUGCAUUGGUUUAGCCAACACCCCCCCCCCCCUCCCCAAAACCCCUCCACACCUUUAUCUUGUUUUAUUGUUUCCAUCGUUUCUGAAAUUAAAUCCUUUUUUUUUUUUUUCUUCUUGGUGUAUAUACUAUGUCGUUUCGAUGGAUGCUCCCUCCCCCCAUCUCUCCGACCACUGAAAGCAGAGCUCGAUAUCAGACACUGCUUUGAGUUUUAACUUUUAUAAGUCCACUUUGAUGAACGUGCUGGUGUUUCAGAGUGUUGGCUUAUCCUUGUUGGGGCUUUUGUAGCUGUAAAAUACGUCCCCC